UCCGUCUUACUCGCCGCCCUCGGCCUUUUGGUCGCUGCGACUUCGGCCGACGACAGCGACAACAUCACCACUUCAGCUGAGACCGAUGUCCCUCCAGACUGGGCCACAAACGAUGCUCUGCAAAUGAAUCUAUCAACUCCGGGUGGGCAGCCCAACCCGCUCCAAUUUACAGUCAUUCCUCUUAUCCCCAAUGCUGGCACGAACCAGUCAAGCAGUAACUUUGUAAGUCUGUUUCCGGAAUCAUUGAACAUAAAUGGCAACAUGAUCGCUAUCGACGUCUCCAACUUCAACAAAAUCAACAAACCUAAUGACGUCGCUUAUGUAUCAUGCGACACCGACAAUUCUUCGUCCGGCACCCUCAUCAGCACCAAUGAGAUGCUAAACGAUCUCAUCAGCGCAAAUCCAAAGGCCAUCGUCUUGUAUUCGCUUGCCGGCACCUGGUGCAGUCUCAAUUUCCAAAACACGCCAACUUUUCUUAAUAUCCUUUCCAUGGCCGAUAGCGGAGAAGCUCAAAAUGUGCUGGGUGCCCUAAACGGAACUGCCAACGGCAGAGUUGUCAACGUUUCUAUUACAGGAAAUUCAACCGCUGGAGAUCCUAAUGGUAACCCCAGCCCAGGUGGAGGUUCCAGCUCGUCAGUCGCCAUGAGUGUUCUCUACACCAUAACAGGCCUUAUUACUCUUCUGUUUCUCGUAAUCAUUGCCACGGGCGCCAUAAGAGCGCAUCGAUAUCCGGAACGAUACGGACCUCGGAGGGCCCUAGGUGGCCGGCCUCGACAGAGCCGAGCCAAGGGACUGGCUCGCGCAGUUCUCGAAACCCUUCCCAUUGUCAAAUUCAACAACCAGGAAUCCGCUAAGCCGGAUCCUGAGCUCGAAUUAGACUCGGCAACUACUGAUGGGCGUGACACUCGAACUCAGAAAUCGGCUUCAAUCCUUACGGAGGAUGCACGACCUGAAGCAGCUACGGCCGCCACGGGCGGUAGCGAGACCAAAGAAACGGCUCCGGUGGCUGAGGCCCAUGGCGCUGCUGACCCUGGCACUACUCCAGUCGGGAACGUGGGAUGUUCGAUUUGUACGGAGGACUUCAAGGAAGGUGAGGAUAUGAGGGUUCUGCCUUGUAACCACCAGUUCCACCCAAAUUGUAUUGAUCCUUGGCUUCUCAAUGUGUCUGGAACAUGCCCCUUGUGCCGACUCGAUCUUCGUCCUGAUGCUGCUGAGAACAGCGAUAGACCAGCCACUGAUAGAAACUCUAUACUGCCACCUCCAUUGGUUGUGGAGGGUGAGGAUGGCGAAGGCAACCAUCCCCACCACCGCAAUAGAAUUUCACGCUUUUUCGAUAUCAACAGGCUGAGGCAAGCAACAGCGGAAGAACAAAUCGAAGCUCUGCGACAGAUGCGAUCGACUCGCCAGGACGAUACCGAAGCUCAUGGUGCAAGCGGUGGCGCCAGCGCCAGCCAUGAUGCAGAGGGCGAAAGAGGACAGAGGGCUCACUUAUCGGCGAAACUCAAGGAGAAAUUUCGAAUUCGAACCAGGGCUCGAUCUCCUGAGCGUCGGGAU